AUGGGACAGCUCGACACUGUGCCAGUCACGCUGGCUGGUGACUCUCGCCAGAACUGGUUGAGAACGGCUGGCGGAACACUAGUGGUCCCGCCUUUGCCCCAGGACAACGAGGACCAGGCCCUCAAACUGAUUGCAGAACUUGAGUCCCGUAGGCUGGCAUCCUUUCGUGAAGAAGUGCAGAAUCUGGAGUGUCGCAUUGAGUCUAUGGAUAAACCCCUGGACCCAACCGAGGCCUGGAAGCAAGCGAUGGCUACCGGUAAGAGGAAGGAGGUCCUGCGGGCUUUGAUAGCGCAGCCCUAUCUUGCCGAUGUUUCUGAGGAAGUCGUCGCAAGGUUGGCGGAGGACUUUGGGAGUUGCGAUGAAGUAACGGGCCAACAGCACUUGAAGGCCUUGCCCCUUAGAAGGUCUAAGCGCAGAGCCUUGUUGAGUUCCAAAAGAUGGCUUGUUCAUCUAUGUUCGGGGAAGCCAAAACCAUGUGACCCUAUUUCACAGUGGUGUGAAGUUAAUAAGGUUGCAGUCUUGAAUGUUGACUUGAGUGAGCCAGGCGGAAAGGGUUGGGACUUGACCAAAAGGAAUGCUGUGUGGCGUGUGCUAAUGUGGGCUGCGGCCUCUGCCAGGGUUGUUGCUGUGUUUGCAUCUCCACCCCACCAUCCGAGACCGGGGAGUGAGGUAUUGAUCAUCCAGGAUCAGGUGUUAUGGUCCCUCGCCUCUGUUGCUCGUGGAGCAGGCGUUCCCUAUGUAAGAGAGGUACCGCUUGAGGACUGGAAAGACCAUCAAGCUUUCCUCGGGUGGUCAGGUGCAAGGGUCACAACCUUGAACCAGGUCUCUAAUGAAAGGGGACGCACGAGGAAGACCUGCUUGUUGUCCAACUUGGAAUUGGGAUGUCUUGGCCAGUUGGAUAUUCUGGAUGAAAAUACUGAGAGCCACUCCGACCCGAUCUGGUCCAUAGGCCUCAGAAGGCAUCUUUCCACCGCCAUGUCAGGUCGUCCUACAGGAACGUCGUGCGAGGUGCUGGAUAGCAUUAUCCGCUCUGCAAGUUGUGCUGAGCUCCACGUCCAGGAACAGCAGCAUCUUGAGGACCUGGAGGAGGAAAGGUUGAAUGCAAUGUUUGAGCAAGAGAGCGUGAUUUCCUCGUCUGAGGAGGAGUCUGAUGAUGUUGUCCAGGUAGAUGAUUUGAAGGAUGAAUCAGAAGAUGAAGACCUAAGGGUCAAGGAGGUUAAGGAUGUAUCAGAGGCUGAGCUUGAGGGUUGGAAACGACACCUGCUCAGUGGGCACGUACCAUAUCGCAGAGAUUGCAGGCAAUGUGUGGAGGGCGCAGCGCUAGGAACCUUCCACUCCCGCAUAAAAUAUCCAAGGAUGUACACCUUAUCAAUCGACCUCUUUGGUCCAGUUCCCAUUGAUGAAGCAGGACGUGAUGAGACCUGCGUUACGGGAAAGUGCACCUUGAGAUAUGGCUUGGUUGGCGCCUUCAGAUUACCGAGGUCUGUAAUAGGUGGUAAGUCAAGCUCAGGCAAGGCCGACGAUUCCCCAGCACCCCGUGAUGGGGCUGAUGUGAUACCAGCCGAGAUUGGUGAGGAUGAUUUUCGUCCAUUUGAGGUUGAGCCGGAAUUGUUUCCUGAGUUGUUUGACGGGGACUUAGAUGUGCCCGUGGUGAGCGCAGUGGGGUCACAAGAAGUUGGAACCUCACUGUUUGAUGCCACUGCAGAGGUGCCUGAGGACCCAAACACCUUAAGGGAUUUAGUCCACGACCUUAAUAUCCCAGUCGAUCAUGCGGUCUUGAGGUUCUUCACCCCGCUGAGAACCAAGACUGGAGCUGAGGUUACUGAGGCGGUUCAGCAAAUGAUUUUAAGAAUAAUGCAGGAGUAUCCAGUGCAUAACGUGCAUCAUGAUCCGGGGACUGAAUUCUCGAGCACGAAUUUGCAAAGGUGGUUAAGUGAAAAGGGGAUAACGGUUUCUAAUUCCUUACCCACCGACAAGAAAGGAAAUGGAUUGGCUGAAAGAACAGUUGGUUGGGUAAAAUCAAGGGUUAGGACAUUACUGAAGGGAGCUGAACUCCCAACGCACUGGUGGCCCUUGGCGGCACGAUGGGCUGUUCACCGCCACAAUGUGGAUGUGCUAUCACUUCCUGCCCCACCUGCCUUUGCUCAGCCCGUUCUCCACAGGAUUAAGAGGCCUGCCGAUGCAAAGAAGGCUUUGAUGGAGAGAUGGACAGAAGCAAGGUACGGAGCCCCGCACAGAACAAUACCGAGGGGUCACGUGCUUAUUACUGCAGCAGGAAACCUGGUUGCCUCAAAAGGUUUUAAGGCUGGGACGAUUGAUCCUAAUAAGCUAGAAGGUCUAGAUCUUCCAGUUGUUCAGGAGGAGGAAGGCGAAGAUGAACCGCCCUUGCCACCUCCUGAUGAGCCACCUCGGUCUGUUGAGCUGCCAUCCCGUAGGAUGCGAACAAAGUCUAGAGUGAGCUUUGUUGAUGGAGCAGAAUGCAAUGAACCGGAGGUUGAGGUGUUGGCAGGCAGAUUCCUUCUUGACGAGGACUAUUCCAAUGAUGCCUUUCGCCAGGUAGCCUAUGCAUUGCAAGAAAGUGAACGACCUUCCAUUGACAGAAGAGGGGAGUUUGAGAGCAAGUACGUGAUAGGAGCAUUCUGCCAUGGUGGUAAAAGGGGUGUAACAAACUUGUGCAAGAAGUUACCAAGGACCUCUAGAUUCUUAAAUAAGUUGCUGAAACGUAGGGCGUCGCUCGAUCUUCCCGAAGGACAUAACGGCUGGUCGGCUGUGAUGAUACUACAUGCAACAGAAAUAGGGUUGCAUAAGGAUGUGAGGAAUGAGUGGGGAACCAGGAACAUCGUCCAUUGCAUCCCAGGAGAGGUUCAACUGAGAGUGGAGCCGUCCUCAGCAAAGGGAGACCGAUGCAAGGGGAAUGUGGCCCAGACAUACUGCCUAUCCUCGCGAGUGACCGAGUUUGAUGCGCGAAUUCCUCACUCUGUCCAUAAGCAACCCGAUUGGUUGAUUGUAGGCUACACCCCAUUAGGUACUGCCAAGAUAGCGGUUGAUGAUAUAGCCUACUUGGAAGAAUUGGGUUUCCGCUUCAACCUUCAGGAGGAGCCAGCAGCAAGCAUAAGGAUGGUCAGAAGUGUUCUCUUGAAUGAGGCCAGUGAUUCUUCGUCCAGUGAGGACUCAGGCCCUCCACCGUUGGAGCCGAUAACCCCAAGAUCAGACUUGGAGCAGAGUCAGGACGAACAGGAGGACUCAGUUACCCAACCUGUGGGAUGGGAUGUUUCCACCAAUGGCGUUCGUACCGAACCUGUCAUGAAUCUGGAAGAAACAGAUUUCUACGAAUACUUGCUUGAAAGAGGUGCUGAGGGUGCUUUCCAAAGACUAACCGUCCUCGGUGUUCAGGAGGCAUCCGAUCUGCCUUUUUUAUAUGAAGAAGAUUUGCUUGAAUUUGGGUUGUCGCCCCUGUUAGCCAGAAGAGUGAUGAAGGGAAUCCACCCAGCAGGAACUGUGAGACCGGAUCCGCCGAACCUCACAGCGUUAACCACCGGUGAGGUUCAGCUUAUUGAUAGGUUGCAGAGGAAGAUUCCAUGGAUCUUUCAGAAUAGGACCUUGGGGUUCCGUAGCCCAGGUCCUCCUGUACCGGGUCUAGGUGUUAAAGGGGAGGAUAGAUUGGAUGAAGGAGAUUGGAUUGUGAGUGAGGAGCGGCGUGAAAGGGAGCAGAGGUGGAUUGACUACUGCACCCGCCAUGCCCAGGAUGAGGAUGACCGCGUACCCGUGGGUCAAGGCCUUUCCGACUACAGUUUCCAGGGACCUACUUUCCCGAGGCACCUUCACCCGGAGACCCAACAAACACCGGCUUCCUCAUCCGAUGGUCCCUCACUACCUCCGUCGCAGCUGAAUUCCAGUGUGAUCAUAACCCCAAUUGAGGUUAGCACGCCAGGCGGCAACGAGGAAGUGAGGUUAGCACAUUCCGCUAACCGUUCCCCACGAGAUUGGGUACCAACUACUUAUGAGGAUUACGCGGAAUAUUGCAUGAGUAUGCAAGACCUGUGGGACAGGUUUGAAGAUGCGUCAAGUGAUGAUGAUCCCAAUCAGGAGGAGUGUGUGUCGGAGGAAACACCCUCACCUCCUUGCCGGUCAGAAGAAGGAUUAUCUUCUAACUAUCACUGCAAAAUGGUGUCGCUGUCUGCACCAUCCACCGAUUAUAGCAGCAGUGACCCUAUAGAAAGACAAGGAACACAAGGUGCGACGGCAGCAAGUGCCUCAAGUGCUUCAGCUCGGAUUGGUGUUUCAACCCUGAAUCCACUGGCGACAUUGUCAGAAGCUACCGUGGUUUCCUAUGGAGUAAGUAAGAUAGAUGACUCGUUUUACACUCCAAAUGUGGAAGAGCUUCUGAGGGGAUUGUCAGUUCCUUUAAAGGUUGUGCAUAAUGUCUCCCCAGCGGAGGUUAAAAGACACCUAGAGUGCUGGACACCCUCAGCAAGGGCAGAAGUAGGAGCACUCGAGGGGAUGAGGGGAAUAACACGCUUAAAGGGAAGCGAGGCCUUGCGAGCCGCCGCUGCUCCGGACGCACAGGUGCUGCCCGCCAAGACGGUUUUUACUGUAAAACCGGGUAGUGAUGGUAGCCUGUAUCGGAGGAAAUGUAGGGUGGUAGGCUGUGGAAAUUAUGAAGAUAAGGACCCUUCCCUGGAACUAUAUGCAUCCGGCGUGCCUUCUGAGGUGCUGCGUGCAAUAUUGAUUGAGUGUGCUGUGCGUGAGUUCCAAGCAUUCAUCACAGACAUAAAGAACGCUUUCCUGCUUGCCCCGCUGCCUGUGGGUAUGCAUGGACGGAUUCUCUUGCGACCACCAAAGGUGUUGGAGGCUAUGGGGAUCACAGAGCCAAAUGAGAUUUGGCAGGUUUGCAAGGCCGUCUACGGCUUGAGGCAGUCGCCUCGCUGGUGGUCAGAAUAUAGGGAUAGUGUUUUACGAACCGCAACUUGGGAAGGUGUAAGUGGUCAAACCCGGUUAUGCCAGUCUUCGGUUGAGGGGAAUGUAUGGAAACUUCUUAACGACAAGGAUGAACUCGUUGGGUAUGCACUUGUCUAUGUUGAUGAUAUCAUGUUCCUCACCAGCCCUGCAGAGGCGCAGUGUGCUUAUGCAUGGCUGAGAAGCACCUGGCAAUGCACUCCUCUUGAGGGCACAGUAAAGGGAAAUCAUGUCACCUUCUUGGGAGUUGAGAUAUAUCAGGGUUUUGAUGAGCAAGGAAACUAUGGAUUUCUUCUGGGCCAGAAGGGCUACAUCGAAGAACUUCUAAGGUCCUACCAACUUGAACCCAAGCAUCACACCCCUCUUCCAAGGGAGUGGGUACGCGAGCUGCCGUGUGAGGAGUCAAACGUUGACCCUGAUACCUUGAGGAGAGCGCAAAAGAUCACAGGUGAAUUGUUAUGGCUCACCCAGCGUACUAGGGUUGACGCAGCCUUUGCAGUCUCACAGAUGGGGUCGUGGUGCACCAGAGCCCCGACGUACGUUGUGAAGAUAGGGCUGCGCCUGUUAGAUUUUUUGGGUUCAACAAUGGACUUUAAGCUCUCCCUAAUCCCUAUCCAAGGCCCUAAAAGAAUUGUGGUGUACUCCGAUGCAUCAUUCUCACCACAUGGAUCCCACUCCAUAUCGGGGAUCCUGGUUACCUUUCUUGGAAGAGCUGUAACGUGGAAGGCAAAGCGCCAAACGUUGAUAUCCUUGUCAACAGCAGAAAGUGAAUUGAUCGCUGGUUGCGAAGCAGUGGUGUUGGCUCAAAGCACUGAGGCUAUGAUCGAGGAUUUGACCAAAGACUUGGAAAAUAAGCUGCUUUUGGUUGAUAACCUUGCUGCGAUUUCCUUGGCAGAAGGGGCUGGUUCAAUGAGAACUAGGCACCUCAGGGUUCGUUCGAAUUUCGUGAAGGAAAUGGUUGAUACUAAGGAGCUCGAAGUAGAACACUGCCCGGGGGAAUAUCAGCUUGCAGACCUUUUGACCAAGGUUCUGGCCAGUCCAAGGCACCUUUUCCUGAGUUGGUUGGUUGGUUUAGGACCCGAACCUGCCGAAGCCCGAGUAGCCUUGGUAGGUAGGGCGACACCUCCUGUCCAGAAUCCUGAUCUGACUGGAGUCAGGUUAAAGAUGGUGCUGUUGAUCCUGGUGUUACAGAUGAUGGAAUCAGAGGCAAGCGUGGAGGACGAUGAACUCCAAGAGCCUCUCAGCCUUGAACUCUCAGUUUUGGCAGUGAUGAUGCUGCUUUCUGCUCUUUUUGUGUGGGAAACUGGGAAGUACUGCCUCGCAAGGUGUUGCAGGGAUGAACCGAGAAUUAGUAUGAUCAGAGUUGAUGAGGAUGAUGCGAGCGCCAGAAGGCAAAGGAGACAGGAGGUGGUGAGAAGAGCCAUUGAUACUGAAAUUCAAGGGCUUAACCUGAGAAGGAGGCGAGGUGGUGAUGAUGCCCUGUCCUCCACUCAAGAUGUUGCUGGGCCUGUUAUCCAAGUGAAUGUCGGUGGAAAUACGAAUGAGAGACUCGCUGAGAGUCCACCACCCAUUCCAAGGUUUGUGAACCAGCAGCAAGAUGAGGUUCAGGUUCAUGUUGCCCAGGCUGCUGACAGGCAUCCAAUGGCUUCCUCCUCAUCCUCACUUCCUUCUCCUACCAUGCUUCAUAAUGCGCCGGGAGUCCAGCCUCCAGCCCAGGGAACGAGUGUGUUACCGACUCGGAGGGAGAUUGCUGUACAGACUGAUUUUCCCCGUGGACUUACCCAUGAGGAGAUGUGCAGCAUUGAUAUGAUUACAACAAGCAGCCGGACUCCGGGUGCCAUCCACUUGUUUCCUGACUGCCAUGCUUUGAGAAGUGUUUCGGGUACGAACAGAAGGAUGUUUUGUCGUUACUGUUUAACUACUGCGGCAAGGUCGGGAAUCUGA